GCAAAAUGUAUUCAAACAACAAAAACUUCUCGCAGGUCAGUCACAAAGUACAGCCGUGAUGUGAGCAGGUAGCAUUGGAACAGAUGAGAGCAACAACUCUAUUCUCCUUGCAGUGAAAGUAUAAGAGGAUCUUCUUCAAGACUAUGCCGGGGUACCGCGCGUAUUUUGUCCCGGCGGUGAGAGAAAAUUUAUUAUGCCGCAUAUGUCAUCUUCCAGUUCGAAACGCCGUUCAAGUGUCCGUUUGUGGACACAGAUUUUGCGAUUCUUGUCUUAAUGGAGCCUUCAGUAACACGAGGUAAGCUACUGUAUUGUUGUUCCUCUUGAUCGUUUAUAGAUUGAUAUUGUAAACUUAUAAUCUUAAGCUGGUUAACUUCUUUUGAGAGAAAGAAAUCUGGUGGAUUUCAAUUCGCACUUGAGAUGAGAUCUUGUGAAACCAGUAAAGUGACAGAAGAGAAUUUAUUUCUCGACGACUUCUGGGAUUUAUAUGGACGAUCGGCUAAAUCUCAACUAAUUCGUUGUUGCAAAGAUUAAUGCUCCCUUCUGUCGGGUCUUCUGUUGCAUUGUUUGGCGAAUUAUGUAUUACGCGUGAACCGAAUUUUUGAAUAAAAAUUUGAUAGAAUGUGCAAAUAUUUUUACAAGCAAUUUCAUGACACUCGGUAUUCACAGUGGGGGUUUCUAUUAAAACCUGCAAGCUUAUUUUUUCCAAUUGCGUUCGCACUAUCUUUCAUUUGUUAGCUGGUAUAUGAUCGCAAAAAUUACAACGUUGUUAGUAUAAAUUUAUCUCGGUGAUAUUUGGCUUUUUGAACCAAUUCUGACACUGAUCGUCGGCGAAGUUGAAGUCUCUCAGCUGCGAUCGAUAUACAAAGGGCCUAUUCAGCACAGAAGAUUAAAUCGUAAACACUCAUUGUGUAGAGUAUUUCGAAACAGGAACCAAAAAUUAGCGAUUUUUUCCUUCAAAAGUCCUUAGGUGUACUAGGGAAUAGUUGGCAACCUGAUUUGUAACGGUGGCGUUUGUUUUGUUCAUUUAGGUGAUCUCGAAAGGCUUUUAGUUUCAUUCAUUUCGAGCUAAUUUGAAUUUUCCCACGAUUCUGUAUAUUGUCCUAAAUAUCCAUAAUUGUUUCAAAGUUUUGUAAAUAGUCGUAUGUUUCUGGAAUAUUUUUGACAUCAAAGCAACAACGUAGUUGUCUUUCAUGAAGCAUUUUGGGAAAAAGUAGAAUUUUGGUUGUGUUUAGGACGGAUCACGGGAAGGACUGUCUCACAAAAUUUUGUACGCGGUAGGAUCGAUCCUGUCUAGUUUACAAUGAACAGAGGUUGAGGAACUUUCGAAUAACGAAUAUAUUUUUCUGACAAUGUAAACAGUAUAUGUUGUUAUGGUGCUUCUUACAAUUAAGAAGAAUUUCCUUUCGAGCUAUUGAGCCUGUCGUAAACAAAAAAAAGUCGAGAGAUGUUUAUCUUUAUGAAUCAAUUUUACUCCAUAGUUUACAUUCCACUCAGUUGGUCUGUUGGCAAUUUUUCUAUUUUCAUCAAGUUCGGAUUAGAAAUUUGCAAUGUGUCUUCGAAGGUGUGAUUUGUAUCAAACUCCUGCCCAGGAAAUUACGUGUUUCUUUCCUUGACGCGGAAAUUUCAUCUUUCCGAUCUCGGUAAUUGGAACCCAAAAUCAAACCAACCAUUAAGCUUUCCUGAUCAAUUCAAAAAGUGAGCCAGACUUUUAUUUUCGGUCGAUAGGCAGCUUCAGUCAAAUUACUCAAUCGUGAGAUGGAGAUAAAAAGAGUAUUGAGAUCAGUAACAGCAACGAUGACAAUUACAUGUAAAUUACACCAGCCGCUCUAAGGAAUUGUGGUUUUUGAGCCAAGGAAUAUUGUACAUAAAAGAUUGAAUUCUCUCCGUUCGGGCGGAAGAAGACAAUAAUAUCUUGCAUCCAUGAGGCAUUUCACACCCUUUCCUAAAUUAAAAGGUAAAUUUUAAUUAGUGGCAAGAAAGCAUCAAUACUCUGGAGUGUUUGCCGAAAGAAAUACAAUUUUUUCAUAUUUUAUUGAGGUGUUGAUCUUCAUAGCUAAGUACUGCUCGGAAACAGUUGCGUGACAAUGAGUGAAACUGACAUAAAAUGACUGGACUCGUGACAAGUUUACAAUUUGUGGUGUUGUUUGCAAUAUUGCUUUGACAGAAUUCUCUGCAGAACUAAUGGUUGAGUCAACACCAAUUCUUUCUUCCAGUCUAUGAACGUCAUGUCCAGAAACUCAACACAAUUCAACGCACGCAAGCGUUUUUACUGAGUAAACGAACUAAUGCCUGGAAGUAAACAACAAAAACGCACCGGAAUUGAAAUUUUUACUUUGCGUGCCUCAGUUCCACGGUAUCUCAUGUUGCGUGAGAAAUCAUAUCGCGAAACUGCAUUAUCAAUUUAUCCGGGUCGUGAGAGCUGUGACCUUGGUUUUUUCGUUGCGUGAUCUAUUGUUAUGCCUGAAAAACUGGGCUUUUAAGAAGAACAAUCAAGCAGGGCAUAACGAGCAAAAUUUUUGCUUCGCUUUGAUCAGAUACAGUUCUGUUUACUCAAUAGUUUACUUUUUGAUGAUGCCAACUCAAGUGCUCUUUUCACAAAUAAUGUCAUUUGCAUGAAAAGUGGACGUAUCCAGUCUUACCAAAUUUGAUCGCGACGUAUCUUUCCUGUCGAUGGUUGGAUUAGGGUAAAAAUGCGGUAGGUUGUAGUAGUGAGGUCAUUCAAGAAGAAAAAAAUUGUUUAUACAGAAAAGGAAUUUAACUUCUGUAGUUGUUUGCCAAAGAGUCAGCAAACAACUUAUUAAAAUCCUCAUUGUUUUUCACUAUGCCUUGAAAGAAGAAAUUUCAAAUCGGUGUUCAAUAUUUAGGAUCGCGAUAAAGUAAUUUAGCCCCAAUAUUGUCAACGCUGAUGUUUGCCAUUUAGUACCGUAACAUUAUGCUGUCCGGGCCGGAUAAAUUAUGCAUAAGACACAAGGGCUUGAGGGAUCGUAAUAUUUGUAAUGGCUAAAAAUAUAUUUUCCACUCAUCUUUUUGUUAUGCCAUUUGGUUAGUGAUACCAGAUAUGGUAAUUUACGCAAACUGGCCCUUCUUAAAGUGAUUAACAAGAAUUAUUAAAAGAAGCCUUUCGCGGUUGCAUUAAACCUUUGAAUAUUGUCGCGAUUGAACAUAUUUCAGAUCGAAAAAGCAUAUACUAGGCCACUCUUUUUUCCGCUUCUCCUUGUUUGUCUCCCUUUUCUCCUUUUCAGUUUUCAACUUUAACAUUCAUACUAUGACAUAUUAUUGUCAACAUUUUCCACGGAAGUGCUAACAUUCUCGCGGAAAAGAAUUGUCAAACUUAAUUUUUGUUGCCCUUUGUUGCGGUCGCUCGCGUAUCACGUUGCAUACAAUGAGACCUUGCGGCAGCAAGUAAGCCCAUUAGUACGCUCAUUCUGUUCACGAGGAAAAGUAUUGCGCUUUUCUUCUUGUAUUUUAAGUAUUCAUAAUUAAUGGUGACGCCCAAUUUCCUUUUGUCAAGUGGAAAAUGAUACCCAUUUUAGUAGGUCAGUUUCGACGCGAUUGAAAUGAGCUGUCAAUUCCAUAUUACCGCGUCUAGUGAUACGGUUGUUUGCUAAAGCGGUUCAACAAAUCGACAAAUUCUCGCCGAUAAUUGCAAACGAAUUGCUUAUUUUUCUAUUCUGCCGGUAAAGCAAAUGAAAUGCCGCGACUUUACAUUUGGAUUGAUCCACCUUCUAGGCAAGCAGCCCGACUGAGAUGUCCCGUGGACAGUUCAAGUAUCGAUUUAUCUCAGGUAAGAAUUUUGUUUGUUGGUGAUACAUCAACUUGAACCUCUUCGCUACACCUUCAACAAAAGGGUUCCUGGCGCUCAUCCAUCGCGCGUUUAAAUGCUAGAAUUGAGUGCGGCGACGAGGGAAGGCAAUUAGUAAAUUUUGUCAAUAGACUACACCGCCUAGCUUAAAGCAAUAAGAAACUUAAAGGAAAAACUCUGUUGGAACAUUCACAGCUAGACACUGUGUCUGUUUCACUAAGGACUUUUCAAUUGCGCGUGUUUUUUUUUGUUCCAAAAUAGUACACACACGGGGUGAAAACACGAUCAUAAAGCGCAGAAUUUGCGAACAACAAUAGACGCCGGAAUUUCCACCAGUGACAAUUCCAGUGUUUAAAGAACUCUUUUACCGCCGCGCCAACUGUUUAAAUACAUUUCGGUGCAAAUACAGAAAACAAGAGAAAUGCAAAUGUGGAAUUUAGUUCAAAGGUUAGCGCCACUAAGUAUAAUCAUAAAGACAAAUUUUAUACAAAUUUCAAGGAUGCUGUUUUUAUUCCCACGCCAUUUCACGGCUUCCUUAUUCUUUUGUGGUAUUUAUCUCCGGAGGCACAUUUGUGGGAUGACGUGAAACCGCCGGCGCAGAAUUUACACGAGACACCCACUUUAAAUACAGUCGCGUACAAAUCAAAAGUUAUUGUGCUUUUUGUUAUCCUAUCAUAAGCGAGGGAUUAAACGGAGUAAAUUCGGAUCUAACAUCUGUAGAUAAAAAAAGUGAAAAUUGAUCAUGACCUCGUAACGACUUGACCAUUUAGGCGUUACCAACCGUGUUGCUUUGCAAUGAGGUAUUUGUCACGUAGGCUUAAACAGCAGUUUUAUUCGAAACGCAUCAUGUAAUAAAAAUGCAUUUUAAGAACCCUAUGUUACGAACAUUUCCGUUUCUAUGAUCUAACUGUUGCUAUUUAUGCCCAUUGCGUGACAGAUUUACGCAGAUGAUGUGACGAAUCAGAUGAUAUUUUCACUGAAUGUUGUGUGUGACCACUAUCAACUUGGCUGUAAGUGGAAGGGACAGUUAAAGAAACUUGAGGUAAUAUUCCCUAAAUUAAAACCGCUUUUGUUUUUUUUUAACUCAACAUUUUGGUGCAGUUUCUACUUGUGACGUAACUGUUCUCGCUACGCUAUGAAUCAGCUUUAGACCAACACUAGUUAAGAUUACGUUACCAUUUUCUGUCGCGAUGUAGGAUCACAUGGCCAAUUGCAAGUACGCGCAAGUAGAUUGCAUUGCGGGUUGUGGUCAGAAAGUUCAGCGGAGGAAGAUCACCGAACAUGUGAAAAAAGAUUGUAUAAAGAGAUGGGUAAAGUGUCCCCGCUGUAAAAAGGAAACAACGUUUGAGAAUCUACAGGUAAGUGUUGUGUCUAGUAGCUGUUCAGCAAUAUCGUAGAUAAGGUGAGCCCACCAUAUCUAAUAAAUUCCACGCUUCUAACCGCGUUCCUUGGGGUGCGCACGCAUUUCGACCUUUCUUUCCGUGUGGGAAAAAAGAUGUUUUAUGUUCGAUUAGUUUUUCUUGUCGGCAGCGGCCUUCAUAUCUCAUACCUUUCCCCAUUAUCCCUCCCUAGGGCCUCCUAGGCAAUCCUGGCGCCCCUCCUCUCCAACCAUGGAUCUCCCCCCCUCUCCACUCAACCUGAAGACCUUGGGUGCAAAUGUAUUAAAACCACUUAUUCCCUUAGAGCCAUAACUGUCCUGCCGCCCGUCGGAACCCGGACCAGGAGAUAGUGACAUGCAGUAAUGGAUGUGGGGUCCGACUAAAACGACACGAAAUGCCGCAUCACUUGAGAAAUGAUUGCUUACACCGAUGGGUCUACUGCGAAAACUGCUCUGUAGAAAUCGUCUUCAAAGACAAACAGGUUGGUAUUACUUCUCGUCUUUGAUUUGUCCAAAAGAAGGCCGCAUUCUUCUCUCAACCAAUCAGAUACAAAACUAUGAUCUAUUGCGACUUGGUCACUCGUAUUUUCCCGCGCUUCAAGUAGCUUGCGUUUUCUUUUCCAGAAAAAUUGUAAAAAGCCGUGUGCCGUUAUCUAAACAUGUAUGCAAAUUUUAGCAUGAUUAUUUUGACAAAGCAACUUACUUUCAUUUCAGGAACACUUAAGACGUUGUCGACGCUCUGAUUCCCAAACUGAAGAACCAGGAAUAACAAGAGGAGGCAAACGACAGAGCAUGCCUCACUCAGUGCGCUUCGAUCCACGUGGCCUGCGCAGCGGUAAUCGAAGCAACAGCACCUCGCAAGAAGCCCUGAAUUCCAGUCCCCCUGCACCCAUGCGCUCUGCCUCGUUUCCAGCUUUCCUCAAUUACGUCGGUCGCGAGGAGAUCCCAAGCGAGGUGGUCUACCGUGGGUCAGAACGAAGCAGGUCUCGCACAACGAGCCAAAUCGACAUCGAAAGAGAAUCUGACAUUUUUACAUGCACUUGUGGUCAGAGAAUAUCACGUGGUCAAAUCACGAGUCACAUGUCAGAGGAGUGUCCGAGGAGAUUGACCAAAUGUCAGUAUUGUCGUGCGCAAGUCAAGUUUGAAGACAUGCAGGUAGGUAGCUCUAUUUGAUAUUAUUCAUACACAUAUUCAUCAUAUCAUCUCGCCAAAAGUGAUAUGUCAACUUUCCUUUGGUUAUAGUUGUCUUUGUUGCUGUACGAUGGUGAAUUAUGACUUUUAAUCUCUGAGACCCCUUCGAGGAAUCGAACGUCAGUCUUUCGGAUUUCGUGGUCUGAUGCACCACCUCUGAACUAUAGAGAAUUCUGUUGUGAUCUAGAAGACUGUACAGUAGUUCAAUUCUUAUGUGACAAGGGUCCUACACGCUUCUAGAAUCAGCAAGAUAUCCAUGUUCUAGAUUUCCUCCCAUAGUCUGAUUUUUACGCGGAACACCGAUUGAUCCUCUGUAAUGGGAAAGUUGUUAUACGAUCAUAAUUAAACGAGGAUGUCGUCCUAGCAAUGUUUUGGCCUUUCUUAACCACCAGUUGCUAAAUAUUCUAACAACUUAUCUAUGUUUGGCUAGUUGAAAUUUCUGUUUAUGAUACAUCAAGGUUGUCUUGUGUCUUUCCCAACAGAGCCAUCUUCAAGUGUGUCCUCACUUCCCCUUGAGUUGCCCAAAUAGUUGUGGUGUGUCACAGAUUCCACGAGAAGAGGUGAGAACUGCGGACUAACUACACCAUAUACCUGUAGGAACCGCUCAGUUCCCAUUAUAUCCAUUCCGAGAGAAGACAACGUAACGUUUUAGCCCAACGCUGUUUACUUCCCACUAAUUCGAGACACCUUGGUUCAAGGGACAGAACAUGUGGCCCAAACUGAAAAAAGGCUCCUAGAGCCUUUGUAUCUGUGAACCCCUCUGUGCAGGGUCCUAGUUCUAGGUGUUCCUCAAAUGGAAGUUCCACUACAUAAUCAGUUGCAAUGGCUAGCCCUCUCACGCCCAGAGGUGACCAUUAAGUACUUUCUCCUUACGAUAUCAACACAUUAUCAACCGGGGAGGUGUGAUGAGAAGAAAGAAAUGUAUCAAAAGGGAUACUUUUUUAUUUAACACUAGAUUAUCCGAACUACAAGUAAAAGAAAUAUUUUGAAGAUCGACAGAGAGGGGAAUUGAUAUCAUGAACAAGGGUUAAUGAUGUACUAGUUGACCUGUUGCUUUCUUAAUUAUACUAUGGAAUAAAAGUCUCUUAACACUGUGAAUUUUAUGAAGUAUCCUAAUCAAUUGUUCACCGUUUUAUCCAAGGUGGAUCGCCAUCUUACCCACGAAUGUCGCUCAAAUCUCAUUCAUUGUCCUUUUAAGCAUGUUGGCUGUCAACAUCAAGUAAGUAUUGACUUAUCUCUCGAGAUACUAAAGAACUCAUUCGCAUUCGAUAUCCACUCAGAUUGUCUCGACCUAACUUCUUAUACCUUUGUCAAUUGUGUGUCUUGUGUCGGGUGGGAAAUCCAACCUCACAGAGACGGAAAAAAACAUAUCUAAUUUAUAUGUUUUUUUUCUUUCAGUGUCCACAACGAAGCCUCACACAGCAUCUAGAAGACGGCAUGAAAAAACAUCUUGAGCUCGUUUCACAGCUUGCUCUUGAUCAAAGAAAGGAAAUUGACCAAUUGCGCGAAAUUGUCAAACAUUGUAAGCCUUUCACCGAUAGUAAACUCUAUUGGAGGAUCGACGACUUUUGGAACAAAUUUGAGGACGCCAAGCACAAAACAAACGUAGAGUUGCACAGCCCUCCUUUUUACACAAGUCCUUAUGGGUACAAGUUCAAAAUCGUGGUGUUCCCGUACGGAAAUGGUAGCGGGGAAGGGUCGCAUCUUUCACUCUAUGUUCGUCUUCUCCCGGGAGAAUACGACACGCUCUUGAAGUGGCCGUUUGAGGGCGAAAUCACUUUGUCGCUUUUGGAUCAAAACAGGGACUCUACCAGGGGCCAAAGAAAUAUUAGCCAAUCGUUUAGCCCGGAUCCUAACUGGAAGAGCUUUCAGAGACCUGGUAAGAAUGGUGCCACACUCGGCUUCGGUUACCCACAAUUCGUUUCUCAUCGAGGCUUGGAAUCUACGAGUUACGUCAAAGAAGACUGCUUGUUUAUCAAAGCGACUAUCGACUGCAAAUAUUCUGCUGAUUUAUAACUCAUAACAAAAAAAAUAUCAAAGAAGUCUAUAAAUUUUCAUUGCAUACGAUCAAUUUUAUGGCAAAAAUUCUUACUUCAAGAAAGUGGACACAUUUUUAAUACAAACAAUCUACAAUAUCUCAUUGCUCAAAUUGUUUCUGUAGAUUAGAUAAUGAAAAUAGUGUUACGUUUAGACUAGAAUAGUAGAACAUAUUAUAUUUUACCAUUAUGAUCUGUCACUCCAAAAUCUGUUUUUUCUUUGUUUGUAUGCGAAAUGGUGAUAAAAAUGUUUAAGAAGACUGAACUAUCAUAUUCAAACCAAGAUUUACGCUUGCGUCCGCAAAAAUAGAUCCGCUGUAUAUAGAGAUUUGAACUUCGUGGGCGUGUGUGUUUUUUUAAAUGAUUCCUUGCUUUGAGUCGAGACCAGCAGCGAACAAAGGACACUACAGUUUUGAGUCCUCGUUUUAGGAAUCACUUGAGAUCGUUAUCAUUUAACAGAAGCGUUGUGUAGCCUGUUUAUGAUAAAACACGCGCGAGUAUUGGAAAGCACUUUUACAGGUGUCCAGUUCGCAUGUUGCCUUACGUAGGGCAGAAGCACUUUCGAUAACAAUUGUGGUUUAGGUUAUAAGAAAGCCUUUCGCUCUAUUAAAGUAAGCAAAUGUUAAUGCCAGUAAGGUUUUUUCUAUAAAACUUUUGAAAACCCAUCAUGAACAAAGCUUUCUCCGAUUUUGCAGUGCAUCUUCGUGGAAGCGACAAAGCAUUCGUGAUUGUCAGUACUCCCUAUAAAUCUUGUUUUCAGGCGCUAUGCUUCACUCUAACGUUGAACUGUAACUGACCAUAACGUCAUACGAACGGCCGUAAAGUAUUUUCAGUAAGAUUUCAAGAUCCAAGUAUGAAUUCUUCUCAUCAACAGUAAUUGUGUUAUUCAAAGUCAAAGGGCGAAUUACACGUCAAUCCUUGGGGUUAACUUUUCAUUGUGACAGCUGUUUGAGAAAGUUCAUUGCACAUCUUCUUUUAUAUUACUCUUGUCCUAAUGCUUCCUUAGAUUGAUGUUAUUGAUCAUAGAUAUUUAAUAAUUAAAACGAUGUUUGCAUACUGCUGUGCGGGAAAAUAACUCUGUCCAACAAGGACGUAGCAAUAAAAUACAGAAUUUAAAGC